AAGUUCAGCGCGUUGUUCUCCGGGCCGGACGGACGCUUCUUAUUGGUGGGCAGCGACAGUUACAUCACGCCGCCCGUGACGCGCACGUCUUCCUGUUUCCUUCAGCCGCGUCUUAAAGUGGAUCUUAGUGGCGGAGGAGCGCUCCAGCAUCCAGUCCUCCGCAUCCAGUGCGCCUCGGAGACCCGCACAACACGCAGUCUCGCCCUCUCUCUCCCUCUCUCUCUCUCUCUCUCUCUCUCUUGUACUCGCUCUAUGUCUCUCGCUCUUUUAGCCACAGCAGAGGAUAGAGGGAGAGACCGCCGCGCCAGAGCUCUUUUCUCAUCUUCUAUAUAUAUAUUUUUUUUUCUUCUUCUCCGGUUUCGGUCCAUUCGCUCGUGCCGCUGACUUUAUCGCGGCUCGACCUUCAGUGAGAAAUUGCAAUAUCCCGGCAUCCAACAAUCCGCCGUGCUGUUUUUAUUUUCAUUUUGUGGGUGCCGUUGGAGUUCAGGUUGUCCCCUCUUCAUCUAAAGGGUACUCAGAGGAUUUGAUCCCAGAGGUUUUGCGGGAUAUGGCCCAAUAGCAGCAGCCCGUGAUGCCGGACCAUGACAGCGACUCCCUCCUGAACAGACAGACCAAGCGAAGACGUGUGGACAUUGGUGUUAAGAGGACCGUGGGCAGCACAGCCUCCUCCACAGCAGCAGCCACAACAGCAACAACCACUGAUAACAUUGCCCGCGCCAAAGCAGCCAUUUUCAGUGCCAUGAACUCUCUGAGCUCCCACUCUCACCACGGAUCAGACACUGACAACAUGGAGUGCUCUCUAGUGCAGCCACAUGGUGGACCUGGCAUCGUGUCAGCCAACGACACCGAAUCCAAGUCCAAUGUACUCCGAAAGCUACUGAAGAGGGCCAACUCGUACGAGGACACCAUGAUGCCGUUCCCCGGCACCACCAUUAUCUCCCAGCUUCUCAAGAAUAACAUGGCUAAAAAUGGAGGAGGACCUGAGAGGGGAGAAAGAGGGGACAGGGGGGAUAGAGGGGACAUCGGCUUCCCUGGAUCAGGGCUCUCCAAUGCGAGUUCAGAUGCUCCCCAGGAGGAUGCCUGCAGUAACUCCUCCCAUGAUAGCACCCCUCAAGAGUGCUUGUCACCCUUUGGUCGUUCUGGCCUGGCCGCCUUUGACAUUGAACGUCUAAACGAUGAACAUCUGCGUGCCAAGCGGGCCCGUGUAGAGAACAUUAUACGUGGUAUGAGCCACUCACCCAGUGUGGUGGUACCUGCUGCUUCCCGUCAUGAGCGUGACCAUGAGAUGGAUGGAGAGCAGGAGAUCGAUCUGGACUGCCCCCCACCUCAGUCUCAACAGCAGGCCCCCAGCAGCCCACGGGGAGGCGAAGUUUGCAGCAGUAGCAGCCGAGAGAACAAGCGUAAGCAGCGUCUUCCUCAGCAGCAACAACAGAGUUUCACCCAGCUGGUGUGCCAGAGAAAGGAGCAGAAGCAGGAGGAGCGACGGCAACUGAAGCUGCAGCUGGAGGACAUGCAGAAACAGCUGCGUCAGCUGCAGGAGAAGUUCUUUCAGAUCUAUGACUCAACCGACGACUCGGAACACAACGACCUCCACAAUGAGCUCAACAACGACAUAGGAAACAUGUCUGAAGACAGCCCGGGUAGGUCUGACACCGGCGGCGAUGACCGGGGCGGAGAUGACCUGCGCUCUGACAAUGAGAUGUCUGACCUGGACCCGGGCCAUUUCCUGGACAGGGCGCGGGCCUUACUUCAGGAGCAGGCCUUGCUCACAGACAGAGAGAAGCCAAGGAGAGAGGGGCUCAGCCGGAGCAAAGGACAGGGAGGUCCAGCCUCCAUGCACGCUGAAGGUAAACAGCUGGCAGAAACACUUAAGCAGGAACUCAAUUCAGCUAUGACCCAGGUGGUGGACACAGUGGUUAAGGUGUUUGCCAAGCCUCCGCGCCCCACACCGCAGCAAGCCUUCCCCUCACUUUCCAUUCCACCUGAGAGAUUUCCCACCACUGUCAAUGGAGAGAACCCCAACUUCCACACCGCCAACCAGAGGCUGCAGUGCUUCGGCGAUGUCAUCAUUCCCAAUCCACUGGACUCCUUUGCCAGCAUGCCCGGGAUGCCAGGUCCCACCAACGACCAAACUGAGGCGAUACCCUUAGUUGUGAGGAAGACAGCCAGUGAGCACCACCACCACCACCAGUCCUCAGCCGUGGGGGCCCACGGUGGGCACCACCACCCUAUCCUUCACCCCUCCUCACUCUCUGCCUCCAUGGGCUUCAGCCCGCCAUCUUUCAGACACCCUUUUCCGCUGCCUCUCAUGGGCUACCCUUUCCAGAGUCACCUCGGUGGACCCACGGGUGGCUACCCGGGAAAGGACCGUUCUUCUCCAGACUCCAUGGACCUGUCCCGGGAGACCACCAGCCUGAGGACCAAGAUGGCAUCUGCUCACCAUCUGGGCCACCACCAUCGCUCUUGUUCACCAGCGCACCACGGCAGCACGGCCGAGCUCUCCCUGUCCCUCAUCAAGUCGGAGUGCAGCGACCUCCAGGACAUGGCGGACAUCUCACCCUACUCAGGCAGCAAUAUCCAAGAAGGUCUCUCCCCCAAUCAUCUGAAGAAGGCCAAGCUAAUGUUUUUCUACACCCGCUACCCGAGCUCCAAUAUGCUCAAGAUGUUCUUCUCUGAUGUCAAGUUCAAUCGUUGCAUCACCUCCCAGCUGAUCAAGUGGUUCAGCAACUUCAGGGAGUUCUACUACAUCCAGAUGGAGAAGUUCGCCCGCCAGUCCAUCAACGAUGGCGUCACCGGGGUCGAGGAGCUGGGCGUCAGCCGCGACAGCGAGCUCUUCCGAGCCCUCAACAUGCACUACAACAAGGCCAAUGACUUCGAGGUCCCCGAACGCUUCCUGGAGGUGGCAGAGAUCACGCUGAGGGAGUUCUUCAACGCAAUCGUGGCCGGCAAAGACGUGGACCCGUCCUGGAAGAAGGCCAUCUACAAGGUCAUCUGCAAACUGGACAGCGAGGUCCCCGAGGUCUUCAAGUCCCCCAAUUGUCUCCAAGAGCUUCUACACGAGUAAAUUCCCCUCCUCCUCCUCCUCCUUCUUCUCGCACGAUGCUUUGGCUUAAUUUCUCUGAUUUCAUAGAAUUUAAAAAUAUUCUUUUUUGUUGUUGUUUUUUUCUUCCUUUUUCUCAACUUUUCCUUUGAUUUCCUGUUUAAAGAAAGUAAAUAAAUUAUUUUUGAAUGUAUGAAAGUUAUGAAGUAGCAUUCCCAAUCUGCGGCCUCUGUGGCGGUUCCUAAACGACCUAGCUAUUGUCUCGUUGUCCUUAUAUGAUAAUUCUCAUGAUGGUCAUUAUUAUUAUUAUUAUUAUUAUUAUUUUUAUGAUUCUGAAAUGAAGAGACUCUGAUCUUAUUGGGUGCUUUUUCGGGCCCGUGUGAAAUCCUCCGUUUGGCUUGUUUUACGAUCAACACUAACAGAGUCCACAGUGUGUGUGGAAGGAGAUGCUGGGUUCCCUUUUACACCACUCGGAACCCCUAAAGACUUUCAAUUGGACCCCAGCGGCGUCCCUCCAAUCCAGUUGGUGUCCAAAUGAACUUUCUGCGCACAGCAGGUGCCCAAUAGACUUUGCUACUGAAGAUGUCCCCUGUAGGACAGUCACACACACACACACACACACACACGUGCACACAAAAGCACGGCCUAGUGAGGCUACUGACUGGACUAAGAGCGGACUCGGUCUGCACCAGUCCGCGGGACUGGUUUCAUAAAGCUACUGAGCUCUACUAUGUUUUGAAGUGUGCUUUUCCUACAAAUAGGGCAUUGUGUUUAUUGGGUGUACAUUAUUAUUUAGAUUAUUAUUAUUGUUGUUGUUUAUGAUUAUUAUUAUUUGUCAUCACUGCUUGCUGAAGAUUGGCACUUCGAGAUUUUGUUUGUCCCUUGAUGCUGUUCGCAAAAAACAAUAAAUUAUUGCUAUUAAUAUUAUUCCAAGACUUUAGAUUCUGAAAUAUUUUGCCCUUUUCCCAUCCCCCUCCUUAAACUUGUUUUUGUUUGUCCAUCUCUGAGGUGGACUUUGCUUUGUUUAUUUAGUUUUUUUGGUGCUGUGGGGCAACUCGCCUGCAAAAUGUUUCUAUUUGGGAUUUUAAUGGCGGGCCCUCAAAAAGGUCUUUCUGCACGCCUUUGAUGACAAAGCCCACGUUGCACCCGUCUGGCAGCCGCGCUGGAGAAGAAGUAAGGCGGCAGGAACCAGUGAUGCAACGCGCAGCGUAGAAGUGUGCACGGGAGGCCUUUUGCUGCGUGACCUGCGUUUUUAUACGGCUACGUUUCACCAGUCCCGCUUUGAUAAACAAACCGCUCCCACCAAAUGAGCCACUUGUUCAGCUUUAAAAUAAAUUGUUGUAACAGAUAUGUGAACGUACAAUGAUAAUAACUGAAUAACUGCACAGGUUGCUUUUUUUGGUCUUUUUACAGCAACGUUCUCUUAAUCAUGUUUGAAAUGAAGUCUGUUCACACGGAAGGCUUUUAUUGUGAUGAGCCGUUACCGGGCGUAAACGGCAUUAUGAAGUUAUUUCACUAGCAGUUGAUACUGGGAUACAUCAGAAUACUGCGUCAGUCGAAAGACGGUGUUGCUGAAACACUAGAACAUUUAAAACAUAUAAAUAGAAGCACGGCAGAGAGGAAGAGUAUUAAAGGAGGGCAGAGAGAGAGAGAGAGAGAGGUGAAUAUAAGCUGAAACACAGUUCUUUAAUUCGGCUUCAAGUGGAGCUUCCCCCACAAACAACACACACACACACACACACACGCUGCUGCUUUCCUCCAUGUCCACCUGCCUUUGAGUGAUCUCCAUGCAACAAUACGAGGUCGGAGGUGAGCACUCACCACAGGGGUAGAUGGAGGCGCUCUCAGCGCCACAAAGAGCGGCGACAAAGGCACCGAGCGAGGAGCGACACGCACCUGAAGGCCCCCCCCCGCUCUGCCCCCAACCCCAUCCCUCCAACCCCACCCCGUCCCACGCCGGCAGCUUCAUAAGACCCAACGUGUGAAUCCGCCGAAGCCGGCGAGGCCCACUUGGUUUGAACGGCGUUCCUUUCACUUGUACCUGAGAUUACAAUCCCAGAUGUUGCACUCGCAGUUGCACGUGACAUUCUAGUGUUUUCUUCAUCCCAUCGGGCUUUUUAAGAGCUUUUAGAAGCAGUUAGUGUGAAAGUUUGAGGACUUGAAGGCUUUCUGGAGUGCGUGCGAGCGGGCUGUUGGUUCCACCGCGGCGACAUUAUCUUACGGUGUGUGUGUGCGUGUGUGUGUGUGUGUCUGUGUGUGUGUGUGCGUGCGUGUCCCAAAAGAUCAAAAGGAGCAGCUUGCUUAACCUGCUGACUCGUCUAAGCGAGACAAAGCGCCUGACAAAAGGAGGCCGAGAACGACAGGGAGCUACUCCCUUCAUUAUGUCCCCCCCGUACCCCCCCGCCUCUCGUCCUCCCACGAACAGUGUUCUUAAGAUCCGGGAGCCCCGAGAGAGCGAGAUGGACGCGUUUCUCACUGAAAGAUGGGCCGUGUACGUCUCAAAGCGACAGCCGAGGGCUCUAAAGCAGCGCAAACAAAGGGGGAAGGAAAGGACACUUUUAUCAAAUUCACAGAUUAUUAUCGCCCCUCCCUCCCUCCCUCCCUCUCCUCCUGCAACCCCGCCCUGAAGUUACAGUUCCUGCGCCUAAAAAGAUUAUAAUUCAGGAUAAUGAAGACUUAUGUGCAAAAAGGAUUAUCGAGACCGUAAUACCGCAAUGAAAAUAUUUUUCUCAAGUUUUUUCUUCUCUGGGGAUUGUUUGAUUUUAAGGAUGACUAUUGAAAUGCAUAUAUAGCCUUUUUUAAGAAUUGUAAAAGAUAAAUCUACGGAAAAAAAUAUAUACAAAAGUGGAGGUUCCUUGAAAGCACUGUUGUUGAAUUGUUUUAUAAAAUACAUUUUUAGUGAUGGCUUUGUUUAAAUCUGUAUUCUGAAUGAGUGACUUGUUGGUAGAUUAGGAGCAAUAGCUGUAGUUUCUUUUUUUCUUUGCAGGUUUCGUGACCAGUUUUGCUUUUGGUUUCUUUACCUUUUGUGCAUUUUUUUUUUCAUGUCUUCUCAAGAAAACAGAAAACUAAACGUGAAAUCCGUUUCAGAGUAUGAGAUAUUACUGUUGUAAAUACUGUAAGAAUGACACAAAGAAUAGCUGUAUAGUCUUUUUCUAGGGACAAGUAAGAACGGUCAGAGUGGUUUAACAAAAAGAAAGAGUGACGACCCACUCGCACCAACUGGACUCUUACCCACUUUUCCAAAAACCCACAGAGGAGAUGCCCCCCCCCCCCCCCCCCCCCUGGCUUUAACAGGGGCCUGUUUCCAGUCGGCAGUGCCCUCAAAGUUGCACCAGCAUCCGUUUCUUUAAUUUUUGCUGACAGAACGAUGCAUUAGACUAGAGGUCGGUGCGAUGAUGAUGAUGAUGAUGAUGAUGUCACAGAGACCCGGUCUCGCCCCAAAAAGACAAGCGUUUGACCCGAGAGCGCGAGACAGGAGCUCUUUGUCACCAGGCGGCCGGUGUCGUGGGGGGGGGUGGGGGGGGGCACAUUGUACACAGCGACCGUUUAAAAGAGAAGUGAUUUAUACUCUUUUUUUUUUUUUUUUUUUUUAACCGGGUUCAAACUGUUGGAAAAAGUUUGGACUUCUGGGGGGAAUUUGUGUACGCUUUGCAUUCUGUGCGUGUCGAUGACGUGUAUCUGAGUGUGUGCGUGUGUGUGCGUGAGAAAAGACCGAUUAUGAGAACCUGUGAACCAGUGAGUGACACAAUUCUCAACACUGUGCCCCCCCCCCGUCCCCCCCUCCCGGGAUUACCAUCCUGACAUGUAAAUGAUUCUCAUUAAGCGCUGGCAACGUGUGUUUGGUGUGUGCGCGUGUGCGCGUGUGUGAGUGUGUGUGUGUUGCGACAAUUUCCUCUGAUCUGUUUUCUGACCUGUUUGAAAGGGUUAUUUGUUUCUCAAUGCUUUCAGUGGUAAUUCAUUUUUUUUAUUAUUAUUAUUAUUAUUAUAUUGCUCCUCUUAUUUUGUAAAUAUCAAUGAUGUGGACUUACGGUGAUAAAUACUGCCUUUGUGUAACUUAGCAAUAUGUUAUGUAAAUAGUGUUUUGUUGAUGCUUUUUGUAUGACAUUAUUAUUCAAUUCUAGUCAGUAAUUCCAACUGGAACAGCCGUGUUUCCAUUACAGUCUGAAUAGUUACACACAGGUUGUAAAAUGAAACUCAAGACAUGGCUGUUUUUUUAUGUUGUUGGUGUGUAUUUGUCUUGCAGAUUUUGUGUAAUUUAUUGGUUUAAUUUAUCCUAAUUUAUUUGGUGUUGUUUUCUUUUGUUUUUCAAACAGGGAAGGCUGUACUGCAUUUCAUUACCAAUUUGAAAGAUUCUAAUCCCCAUCUACCUAAAAUUACAAUUAAAAAAAAAGGUAUUCUAGCGUCCUUAUUCAAUUGAGAUAAAUGAUUAAAUGGAGAUCUUGGCAGCUGAACAGACUGUUUUGAAGAAAAAAAGGUUGUUUUGUUUUGUUCCGGGACGGGGCCGAGGGAGAGCGAGGAAGCUGACACUAGUUUGAAGCAGUUUUAUAUUUUCUCUUGAGAUUUUUUUUCCCCCUGUAUCGCUUUGGCCCGGCCCAAAAACAACCAGUAGUCAAAUUGCCUUUCGUGCCUUCACCCUCUAUGAACUGAAUGUAUGUGCAGUAUAUAUGCAAGCUUGUGCAAAAUGAAUAAAAAAAUGAAAUAAAAAUGACAAAACGUAGAAAACAAA